CCCGAGCGUUAACUUGUAAUUUCAUCAGAUAUCAUUAUCCAUCAGGAUGUACGAGGCUGCGACAAGCGAUGCAUCAACUGCGCGAUGCAAUGUCGAGUGCAGUGCUGUUGUAUCAGAUGUGUUUACUAUUUUGUUGCCAGCGAAAAUUACUAAUCGUGCAUGCGCACCCCUCAGACAUUUGCUCUCUAGGCAUGUUGGAUCGCUCAUACCAAUGCAUGAGAGGCAGAGAGCGAAAAGGUGUGCAUGAGGCGAUCGAUCGUUGUAUCAAGGCCUUGGCAGGAGAAAAGCGGUGUGAGGCGUGUGUGGUAUUGGCAGCCCGGAUGGGAGAGAAGAGUUAUUUCGGGAGCUGUGUGUGGCGUUUAUAAACGAUGUUCUUAAUAUCUGACAUUGCUGAUCACUGAUUUCUGAUGGCCCGCCGACAGAAUGUGAC